UCUCUCCCCUCCAUUGACACCCCCAGACCCACCAUGGAAGGUUUGGAUUAUUACCAGAUGAACUUCAAGUCCUUUCAUGGUGGUAUGGGUGCACGUCGUAUUUUCAUAAGAGGACCUGUGAUCUCCUGAAGGUGGCGUACGCUAAUGGCGUGGCACUUGCACCCUUUCUGCCUAGUGCUUCUCUAUUUCAUCUCCAUCUCCCUUCUGGGCUUCAUCGCUCUUGUGCUUUUCGAGCAUGCGAAGCCCGGCAGUUCCACCAGCCUCGGCAAUGUCGACCUCUUCUUUAUGUCCGUGUCGGCGAUGACGUCGUCCAGCCUCGCCUCCGUCAACAUGGAGGACAUGUCCAACUCCCAGUUUUGGGUUCUCAUUUUCCUCAUGCUUGUGGGUGGUGAGUCCUUCCUCUCUGCCGUCACCCUCCUGUUUCAGUGCCUCGACUUUUCCGCCCUCGUCCCGAGGCCGGAAUUGGCCGGCAUGUCGAGGACUGCGGACACCACGGACGUCGAGAUGCCAGUCCGGCGUGGUGUCAUCGCCGGUGCCGAGAAUGGGGGAGGGGCCGAUGGGUCGGAGAGUACAACUACAGAUGUGGCGAUGGUUGACGAGAGGAUGAUGAAGCUGGGGUCCAGGAAGUGCCUGGCGAAUGUGGCCUUGGGCUUCUGCAUGUUUGUCAAUAUACUUGGCUCUCUAAUGGUGUUUGCUUAUUUCAAAGUGAUUCCCAGCGCUAGGAGGAUUCUCAACCAAAAGGGCCUCAACGUGGCCACUUUCUCAAUUUUCACCACGGUUUCUUCCUUUACAAACUGCGGCUUCUUCCCAAAUAAUGAGAACAUGGUGAUCUUUAGAGAAGACUCCGGGCUGUUGUGGAUGGUCAUCGGUCAGAUUCUUGUUGGGAAUACAUUUUACCCUGUUUGCUUGACCCUCAUUAUCUGGGUACUUAUGAAAUGGUUUCCUAGGAAAGAGCACGAGUACCUGUGGAAGAAAGGCCAUGAAUUGGGGUACUCCCACUUGUUCCCAUGGCGGAGCACCGUUUAUCUCACAGUCUCCGCUGUAGGUUUCACGGUCGUGCAGCUAAUCAUGUUUGGGUUCUUAGAGUGGGGAUCCGUGUCGGGGCUUAGUUUCUACCGGAAGUUCGUCGCCGGGCUUUUCCAGUCUGUCAACGCGAGGCAUGCUGGAGAAAUGGCCUUCGAUCUUUCGGUUUUCUCGCCGGCGCUCUUGGUGGUCUACAUAGUUAUGAUGUACCUUCCUCCGUAUGUAUUCUUGGUGCCCCUGUCGUCUGUUAAAACAAUAAAGAAGGACAAUCACAACGGAAGCAGCAAAACGAACAAGAGGAAGGGAGGAGGGUUGAUAAUGGAGUAUUUGCUUCUUCCGCGGGUGGCUUACCUCGUUAUCUUUGUGGUGCUGGUCAGCAUCACGGAAAGAAAUAAGCUCCGUGAAGACCCCCUCAAUUUCAAUCUCUUGAACAUUGUCUUCGAACUUACCAGGUUGCAGUGUUUACAAUGGUGGAUUGAACAAGCCUUCUUGAACAUAAUUGUACUUUAUCAAUUUUGGGCCCUUAUAUAUGAUGAUGAAGAAGACAUGCUUCAGCAUUAUCACUUAGAGAAGGCAGAGAUAGCAUUCAAACCGGCAUAA